CAGGCCCGGCGAGUCCCGCCCAAGCCGAAGAUGAAGCCGAGCUCUCCGUGGCCCCGCUUCUACUCCAACAGCUGCUGCCUCUGCUGCCAUGUCCGCACGGGCACCAUCCUGCUCGGAGCCUGGCAUCUGAUCCUCAAUGCCGUGGUGCUGCUGAUUUUACUGAGUGCCCUGGCAGAUCCUAACCAUUUCCACUUAUCAAGUGCCGAACUCGGGGGUGACUUUGAAUUCAUGGAUGAUGCCAAUAUAUGCAUUGCGACGGCUAUUUCUCUUCUGAUGAUCUUGAUCUGCACAAUGGCCACUUACGGAGCGUACAAGCAACGUGCUGCCUGGAUCAUCCCAUUCUUCUGUUACCAGAUCUUUGAUUUUGCUCUCAACACCUUGGUAGCAGUCAGUGUACUUGUUUAUCCCAACACAAUUCAAGAGUAUAUUCGACAUCUGCCUGCUAAUUUUCCCUACAAAGAAGAUAUCAUGUCAGUGAAUGCUACCUGCCUAGUUUUGAUCAUUCUUCUAUUCAUCAGCAUCGUCCUGGCUUUUAAGGGUUACCUGAUUAGUUGCGUAUGGAACUGCUACCGGUACAUCAGCGGCAGAAACACUUCGGACGUACUGGUUUACAUCACCACCAAUGAUACUACGGUGCUGCUACCUCCUUAUAAUGACUCCGCGAAUGGGGCUGCCAAAGAGCCCCCGCCACCAUAUGUGUCUGCGUAAGCCGGGAAGAUGAAGGCCCCCGGGAUCCAAAGUUUCCCUUUUCAGAUUACUGAGCGGUAGUUCUCUGACUCGCUCCGCGGAAGUGCCCGCUGAAGGCAUUUGCUCCUGCCCGCCUUGUGGCUUGGAAGCCUAGCUUGUAUGUUAAAUAUGUCGUAGGUAGUUUCAAAAACAUGCUUCAGCCAGAAGCCUGCACUGGGCCCGUAGAACUCUUGCUUUAGGGUGAUGAGUCAAGUAUCUUAGACGUUCACAUUCUGGGGGCCCGAACUCUUAGGCAUGUGGCUGGGUUAAUAAAGCAGAGAUUUCCCCCCACCCUAGGCAUCCCAAACUGGGGCUAGGGAGGGAGCUGUGAGGAGUGAAGAAAGUGUCAGGGUCUCCGCACUCCAUAGCCACAGUAAAGUUAGAAUGAGGGUUUGUUCCCGCUUGCCAAACUGUCCAAACUUCAUUGAGUAGAAAGGAUGUGCUGAAAGCAGGGGAAAUGACUGUGUAUCUCUGUCCCUGUUGAUGUUCGUGGGGACUCUCUAAGGCUGGGGAGGCCUUUUCUAGGUUACUUAGCCACCGUUACCUAGAUUCAUGUUGCCCUUCCCUCCCCAAUUCCCAGAAACCAAAUGGAGCUUCCUGUAGAAAUGCCCCCUGAGACACAAAGGCAACGGAGUUGGCCGAAGGAAUUUAGGUAGAAGUUGAUGCCCACUAGAUGCUCAGACCUUGCUUUGGAUCCUCAAUUUUCCAUGCUGGGUUCUAGCCUGAGGCCCAGCCUUGUACCAUGAAACACAAGCUAUCUGGAUAUGUGGACAGUCGAAGCUGGAAUCUCUCCCCCACUACCUACAUAUUGUACUUCAAUCCCUAGGAGACCUGAUAACUCUGCACCACCCAGCAAAACCCCAAACUGAAAAUUAGAGCGGGCUUCUUUGGGGCUUAGAGUGGAUUGGGAGGCAAUUCUAUAAUUUGUUUAAAAAAAAUUGACUGUAUGGCUCCUUGGUUGUUAAAUACCCGAUAUGCAAAGCCCGCCUGCCAUUAAAAAGAGGUUUCUUCACAGUUAUGAAAA